CGUACCCAUUCCAUGCUCCAGUACUCCUCUCAAGCCUUUCAAGCCAUCAUUGUGGAACAACCCUCGCUGAAUCCAACCUGCGGACCCCCAUCUUCUCCCUCUCCCGUUGCGUUGCCGAGAGAGGUACCCUUACACUCUACCCUACCCUACCCUACCUACCCUUCCCUUCCCUUCCCUUGACGCCAAACCUCAUAUAACAACAGCUUCCUGCCGCCCAUGGAAAUUCGUCACUUAUUUGCUCCUGCUCAAAGGAAAAUUCCAUCACCUAUUCAGUGUCUAUGAUCACUCCACGCUCGCUACCAGACACUUCCAUUCACUCGUAAUCAAAAUUCACCCGUCAAUCUCGUGGAAACAUUUGACGACCUAGUACUCCCAGGACUUCGAGUGGCAUGAGCGUAACCCUACCUUUCACAGCUACCACGACCACUACCACCUCCACCACAACCACCCGCGAGAACCUCCAAAAGACCGACACGAACGUUGGCAACUUUGGAAAGUACGAAAUCCGCAAUACAUGAGCUGAAUACAGCUCACCCGUUCUCCAUAUGUUUCGAAAUCGGUAAGCUUUCUGCACUGGACGCAUGGCGGGAUGCGCUGAUCGCGAUGACCCGUUCCGCGAUCUUGCCCGCUGGGAAUCCCUCGAGUCCCCAAAGCUAACUUGGACCCCCAAACAGAACAUCCUCACAGAAGCCGGGAGAUGCGUUCAUCGCAACCUUUCGCCAGAAUUUCCCCGGCGUCUCGACAGCCUCAGCCAGCUCGAGUGGAAAUCCCUCUCUAGAUCAACCCCCGAAUGAGCAACAGCCAGAUGGGUAUGCUUUCUCGAUUUUCUAUGUUCGCAGCAUUCCGUAUUUUGCGCCUAUGGAAUUUGCGCAGUCACUGACAAAUUGAACUUACAGUCAACAACGACCAGUGGUCACCCAAGAAGAUAUUAAAGACCUCGAUCCAACGCCGAGAGCGCACAACGAUCAAUGGCGAUUCACGCCCUCUCUUCUCGACCCCAACUCCUUUGCCUUCUCCAAUUUUGCCAACCAACCGCCUGGAUACUAUACUUCAACCCCUGGAGGCAACAAUGCCUUGUACCACAAUCAAGCAGGGGACUUGCACACACCGGGUAUGGGAUUGGGAUUGGGGCUGGGCACACCUCUCUCGCACCUAGGCUCGCAUGAUGGCCUCCACGGAAAUCCUAUGAUGGACGUGUCUACUGCAUUUGGACACCACAUGCCACCUCAUUUCACAAAUUUUAACCCGUUUGGUCAAUCGCACCCAAAUCAGCAUCAGCAACAGCCACAACAGCAUGACCAGCAGAAGUCUUUUGCUCCAUCAUUCAUACACCAAGAUACUGGGUACGAAACGAUGGAGCAUGAUGGCUCACCAAUGGACGACCAGAGCCGAAUGGGUGCAAUGGAAACAACCAUUCAAAAUCAAUCCCCAGUCAUGGCCUAUCAACCGCAAUACAAUAUGGGCAUGGCUACUUCAUUACCCCCUUCAGCAGAAAACUUUAGGUUUCAUGUGACUUUGAAUGCUCCAACAGCGAUGAUCAAGCAAUCCGACGAGAUUCCUAUCACCUAUCUCAACAAAGGACAAGCUUACUCGAUAUCAAUCAUUGACACAACUCCAAAUCUACCACUCCCCCCCGGAGCCAGGUAUCGUACAUUUGUAAGAAUAUCAUUCGAGGAUGAGCAGCAACGGCAACGACCUGCAAUGUGCUGGCAAUUGUGGAAAGAAGGCCGGGGCACGAAUGAAGCUCAUCAGCGAGGUGGUAAGCUUCAAGCAGUGGAAUACGUCGAAGCGACCCAGUCUGCAGACAGCGACGAUAAGAAGACUCGGGUGGAGCUUGAUACUGCGUCGUUCGAUGGGUUCUCGGUUAUCUGGACACCUGGUCUGAACGGAAUGACAGAAUGCAACAUCGCAGUCCGUUUCAACUUUCUCUCCACAGAUUUCAGUCAUUCCAAGGGUGUGAAGGGAAUACCAGUUCGUCUCUGCGCCAAGACCGAGACGCUCACCAACGGGUCACCGCACUCCAAUGAUUUCUCAGAGGUCGCUUUUUGCAAGGUCAAACUGUUCAGAGAUCAUGGAGCUGAGCGAAAACUUUCAAACGAUGUGGCACAUGUCAAGAAAACCAUCGACAAGCUCAAGCAACAAAUUGCUCAGGCUGAGACUGGUAUGAAGGAUUUCGGCAAAAGAAAGAGGACUGGUUCCUUUUCCAAGCAGGCCCAACCCAGCCAACGACCAGGCAAGGUACAAAAACACAAAAGAACCUGGUCGAUGUCUUCUGCUUCGUCGGCUGGUGGAGCUCGCCCACCUCUUGAAGAAGAUCUCCAUUUUAAGCUUCAAACCAUGCAAGAUAUGUUUACAAGCACACGACCAGUGAGCAAUUUAUACCUGAGAGGCGCAGAACAAGACGACCCGGAUCUUCACCCUGUGGCACUAGCGGGCGAACCAUUGGACUUGACCAAGGUCGACUCCAGGGGAGCUACAAUUUGGCAGCAACGAAGUGGAGACAACAGUGGCACAUCUUCGCUUGUUUCGCCUUCUCCAAGUUCGAUCUCGUUGCAAUCACAGAAUAUUGCUGGUGCCUCUAAUAAAGUACCUGGUCCUUGGGCUGAUUUCCAAUCCUUGGCACCUUCAGACAUAAUAUCUUCCAAUCCACAACAGCUUGCAAGUCCCCCCGAUCAGCCCACUAAGAUACCAAGAAAUGACGAAUCAGGUGGCCUGAGUGGAUGGAUCGAAGCUCUAGGGGUUGACUCGUCUUAUAAAGCACCUGUCGUCGAGCGACCAAUGAAGCCUGUAGCUUGCUUCUAUAUCCUACAUCGAGACCCAUCUCAGCCAGAGAGACAAGAAUACCAUCGAGCAGUAUAUCUGCCCCAGAGGACGCUGAAAGAUUUCCGAGAUGCCAUUGCCGCCAAGUGGAAUUUAGAUCCAAGCAGAAUUUUGCGCACUCUACACGUUCUCAACCGCGGACUUGAAGUCGAGAUGGAUGACGAUGUCAUUCAGGAACUUUCAGAAGGUCAGGACCUUGACAUGGAGGUUUCGGCAAUCAAGGGGCAGCCUGCACCAGUCAAGCGAGAAUGGCAAAUGGCUCUUGAUGACAACGACCAAGCCGCCAGUCCUCAGAAUGCCGCCUCGACCGAAGGCUAUGAACUUCGACUAAUGUUUUGAUACAACCAUUUCUUCGAGACCAAACACACCAUACCCAAUGAUUUUCAGCAUGGUCAUGUAUUUGUUCACAACUUCUUUUCACAUUUUCCGGUCAACCAGGCUGAGGGGCGUCCAUGUUUUCUUUUAAGAUACCAGUUCCGCUUUUGGAAUACCCUGCCCUCAUAUCCUUCCUUCGAUUUCUAGAGGUAUGCAUUCGCAAGGGAGUAGUAGGAUUUGGUGAAUCCCACCGGGGAAGGCUUUUUGAAUUUCAUUUCGAGGGACCAUUGUUCCAUAUUUCACACAUAUUCUUUCAUGGUCUUCGCACCAUUUACUUUCCCCUUUUCUGAGCAUGGCAAUAUGAUGUACAAGUUACUUUGGAGGGCUACUUAAUGGAUCAAUGAGAUACAUGAAUUUGCAUAUCGGGAUUAUUCUCGAGAUCUGUACAGGUACUUGGGUGUGGCACUAUCAGGGGGUUUAUUGGGAACUUCACAGCAGAGCUGGUAUUAAUUGGCAAGCAAAAAAAGGGAACAAUCCAUCAAUUACACAUACCAUCUAUUAAUUUGCCCAUGCACAUGUGAAAUCUAUUGGGUAUGGUGACGAUCUGUUUCGUUUCAUUGGCUGAGCAUUAGCAAUUCAUACGACAUCACAGCAAAACAUAUUCCCUCCAAUGUGCUAUUCGUUUCGAGUUUCUAUCCACAUGAAGAUUGUGACGAUACUCCGUACUGUGGGAUUGGAUUGG